UGAAAAGAGUGAUGAUAUACAUUUCAGACUCUUCUGUAUCCCGUACAUAGAGAACUUGACCAUGGACAAUGAACAGAAAGCCCAGGAUGUGGUGCGGUGUGAUGUGUGUGAUACUCCUGUCCCCCUACUACACUGUGACUUCUGUCAGAUAUAUCUCUGCAAAGCUUGUGUUGGUGGCCAUAUGUUGGAUUUAUCCAAAAAACAUCAGGUGGUACCGUUUCAAGAACGAAGAUCUUCUCUAAAUUAUCCUUAUUGCUCAGAACAUGUCAAAGAGCAGUGUAAACAUUUCUGUCAACAAUGUGACAUUUCUCUCUGUGUUUAUUGUAUAACAAAUGGAAAUCAUCAAAACCAUAACCCAGUUGACAUUUGUAGCAUCCUUAAAAGAAAGAAAAUAGAAAUACAAGAAGAUAUAGAAGAAUUAGAUGAAUCCUUUUCUCCUAAAUAUAAAGAGAUUGUAAACAACAUCACGCUUCAGAAAACUGAUCUGAAUAAAAACUCAGAGAAACUGACAUCAGCAAUAGACAAACAUGGAGAAGUCUGGCACAGAGAAAUAGACACCAUUAUACAGAAACUGAAAUCUGAUCUUGAUGAAGUGGACGCCAAACACCUGGCUUUGUUAAACAAACAGGAAGAUGAAAUCACACGCACCAUUUCUGAAAUCACACAGAGCAUUGCUGAUCUGAAGAAGUUACUGGACUCCAAUGAUGUCAGCCGUGUCUCUGCCUACAAAUCCAGGAUUGCUGAAUUCAGAAGAUUGCCUCCUAAACUCACAGUUUCUCUACCAAACUUCACCCCUCAGAAAAUUAAUCCAGAACAACUUUAUCAACAAUUUGGUUCCUUGUCAGCAAUCUCAAUUACAACAGAGGAACAUGGCUACACCAUGGAAACCUCAGAAGCUGGAUCCUCUCCUCUAAAACCACUGCUUGAUGAGCCACGGAUCAUCUCCACUAUACAGACACAGUAUAGAGGCUUAGGAAAUGGGUUACUUAGUGUUACCUGUCACAAUGAUGAAGAAAUAUGGACGUGUGGUGAUAAUAAUAAGAUGAUGAGUCUCUACAAGCUCAAGGGGGAAGUUAUGAAGUCAAUCCAAACCAAUUCAAAAAACGACCCAUGGGACAUAGCAGUGACAAGGACUGGGGACCUAGUUUAUUCUGAUUACAAUGCUAGAACAGUGAACAUUGUGAAUAAUACACAGAAACAGACAGUGAUAAGACUACGAGGAUGGAAACCUCUAAAUAUCUGUAGUACCUCCUCUGAUAACCUCUUGAUUGUCAUUUACAGUGAUAAUGGUAAAGAAACAAAGGUUGUGUGUUACUCUGGCUCAACGGAGACACAAAGUAUUCAGUUCAAUGACAAAGGACAACCUCUCUAUUCAUCUUGUGGUAACUAUAAAUACAUCAGUGAAAACAGGAACCUAGAUAUCUGUGUGUCAGACCGUGGAGCCCGUGCAGUAGUGGUAGUCAAUCAGGCCGGAAAACUCAGGUUUACCUACACUGGUCCUCCCAUUACUCCCAAAGGAACGUUUAGUCCACUCGGCAUCUCUACAGACAGCCAGAGUCGGAUCCUGACAGCAGACUAUAACAACAAACGUAUCCACAUCCUGGAUCAGGACGGACAGUUCCUCCGCUACAUUGACAACUGUCGUUUACAGUGUCCAUGGGGUGUAUGUGUGGACACCAGAGACAACCUCGUUGUGGCUGAACACUACACGGGUGAAGUGAAGAAAAUAAAAUAUAUAAUGUAAACGUAUCACAUUUAACAUAUAUCACCUAUUUAACUAAAAACAUAAUUUGAGUAUUAAAUAGAAGAAAUCUUUGCUUUGUGUAAGACAGGCAGGGGAAAUAGUGACAAAACCAAAUUGGAUUAAUAUAAAUAUAUUCCUUUUCGUUAAUUUACGCCGAAUAACAGGAUAUGUUGUAUAAUAAUUUGAUAAGAAAAAAAUAUCUGAUUGUAUUGUGGGUUAUAGCUUUUGGUAAGAAUGUAGGUGUGUAAUGUCGGUGAUAGCUUUGUGUCAGAAUGUAGGUGUGUAGUGUUUGUGAUAGCUUUGUGUCAGAAUGUAGUUGUGUAAUGUCGGUGAUAGCUUUGUGUCAGAAUGUAGGUGUGUAUUGUUAGUGAUAGCUUUGUGUCAGAAUGUAGGUGUGUAUUGUUGGUGAUAGCUUUGUGUCAGAAUGUAGGUGUGUAAUGUUGGUGAUAGCUUUGUGUCAGAAUGUAGGUGUGUAUAGUUGGUGAUAGCUUUGUGUCAGAAUAUAGAUGUAUAUUGUCGGUGAUAGCUUUGUGUCAGAAUGUAGUUGUGUAUUGUCGGUGAUAGCUUUGUGUCAGAAUAUAGAUGUAUAUUGUCGGUGAUAGCUUUGUGUCAGAAUGUAGGUGUGUAUUGUUGGUGAUAGCUUUGUGUCAGAAUAUAGAUGUAUAUUGUCGGUGAUAGCUUUGUGUCAGAAUGUAGUUGUGUAUUGUCGGUGAUAGCUUUGUGUCAGAAUAUAGAUGUAUAUUGUCGGUGAUAGCUUUGUGUCAGAAUGUAGGUGUGUAUUGUUGGUGAUAGCUUUGUGUCAAAAUGUAGUUGUGUAUUGUUGGUGAUAGCUUUGUGUCAAAAUGUAGUUGUGUAUUGUUGGUGAAAUCUUCGAGUCAUAAUGUAGAGUGGCUUUCAACCAAAGAGAAAAAGAAAUCACCCGGAAUACUAGAAAUGUGAGUAGUGAGAACUAGUUGGAUGUAUAUAUCAGAUAUCAAUGGUCAGAAUGUAUUAAUGUGUUUAUCCUAAAUCAAUUGAAUUACUACAUGUUUAUGCUUUCUUUUGUUUAUACAAAUGUUAUCACACAUGCUUUAAGGAAGGAGUCUUUUCUGGUUUUCGACUUGUCAAACGUACAUUUGAUUAUUUGUUCAUUAAAUCAAGAUGAAAGGAAAUUAAAAUAG